GCUUCUUCCCUAUGUUAUUUUAACAUUUUCCAAUUUCCCACCGAUUCUUCUCACUUGCUUAAAAUACACAGACUCUCGAAACCCUUCUCCUCUUUUCUCUUUCACUCCACCACCCCCACCCCCACCGCCCUUACCCCUCAAUCUGAAGCGGUUGUUUGUCUCUUCAAACCACUAAAAUUCUAAUCUCUUUCAGCAGCUUCAUUUCCUUCACCAAUAGGUAAACAGUUUCGGCAAAAAUUCUCGAUCUCUGUUUGUUUUUACCGGAUCGCUGGUAAACGCAGUGCCGAGAUAACGGUGGCUUGUGGUUUUGAAAUUUUUUUAUUGGAUUCAGAAAACCACACAGAAAUCAUGCGUUUUUUGUUUACUUUCCUGAAUCUCAUGGACUUGCAGGGAUUGUAUGUCUUCUCCACUUCUUCUUCUUCUUCGUUCACCCUUUGCAACGUCACCUGAAUCAAGUAUUUUCUUAGUUGCUUGUUAUCUUUCUGAAUCAAAGCUUGAAUUGUUGGUUUGGUUUGAAUUGUGUGAGGUCCCUGAAAGAAAGAAAAAAUGCCUCAUCGUACCACGUACUUCUUCCCCAGGCAAUUUCCGGACAGGUCCGGAUUCAAUGCAUCAUCGUCUUCAAAACAAUUAUUAGAUCACGGGAAUAAAAAAGUCACUAAAGAUGCUUUUAACAUCGAAAAUGACCUCCGAAAGCCUUCAUCGAAAGAUCUGUACUCCACAGUUGGCAAAAAUACAUCGAAAGCAACUGCUACUCCGACCACAAUAACCACACCAAUAUCCGAUCUCUUCACGAGCAGUGACGACGAAAAGUACCAUCUUAAGACAAAACAAUUUGGCGAGGAUGACAAGUAUAAACAAAAGAAAAAACAACUUGCCGCUUUUUUCGACUGGUUGUCCGAGAAAAAAAUUGAGAAAUCUACUAGUCACGUGAAGUUGCAAAGAUUAUCGACUGAGGAGGAUUGUCAACUGUUAGUUACACCGGACCUGGAACCAGAGCCUGUUCUUCCAGCUCCGGGGAUAAUUAAAGAGAGGGAUGUUGACCGGAAUUUUGACCGGCAAGUGUCGUUGCCAAGAUUAUCGAGUGGGAGUAGUUACGCUGGUAGCUUGUUCUCGGGGAUUACUACACUUGAUGGAAACUUUACUACCGAUAUCAAGGUUGACACGUCGACUUUGGUGCAUGUGCCGACUAUGAAGCAGGAAGUGGUGCAGGAGGUGACUGAAGAAAAGGAGGAUCAGCAGAAUAAGAAUGAAAACUUGGUGCUAAAGACUAAGGAGAGUUAUUAUUUGCAGCUUAGUUUGGCUAAGAGACUGAGUGCUCAAGCUGGUAUUGCUAGUGAGCUUUUGCUUCUGCAGGAAGGCGUACCUGAAGCCUCCGAUGCACGAACCGUUUCGUAUCGUCUCUGGGUGAGUGGAUGCUUGUCGUAUAGUGACAAGAUAUCGGAUGGAUUCUAUAACAUUUUGGGAAUGAAUCCAUAUCUAUGGGUGAUGUGCAAUGAGGACGAGGAAGGAAGUAGGCUGCCACCAUUAAUGUCGCUCAAAGAAAUUGAACCAAGUGAGACAUCAAUGGAGGUGGUUCUUGUUGAUAGACGUGGUGACUCGCGUCUUAAAGAAUUGGAGGAUAAAGCUCAAGAACUGUAUUGUGCUUCGGAGAGCACGUUGGUGUUAGUGGAGCAACUGGGCAAACUUGUUGCUGUUUACAUGGGGGGAAGUUUCCUCUGGGAGCAAGGAGAUCUCCACAAGCGAUGGAAAUUGGCUAGCAGGAGGUUGAGGGACUUCCAUAAGUGUAUUGUGCUCCCUAUUGGUAGCCUAUCCAUGGGACUCUGCAGACAUCGCGCCAUUCUUUUCAAGAAAUUGGCAGACUAUAUAGGUUUGCCGUGUCGGAUCGCUCGGGGUUGCAAGUACUGUGUAGCUGAUCACCGGUCUUCUUGUCUUGUCAAAAUCCAGGAUGACAGGCAGUUGUCAAGGGAAUAUGUAGUUGAUCUAGUUGGGCAGCCAGGAAAUCUCCACGGUCCAGAUUCCACAAUAAAUGGAGGAUUCCUUUCUUCAGUGUCUUCACCUUUUCAAAUCCCACAUAUAAAAGAAUCCCAACAACCUUACAUCGAUGAUGCACCUUAUGAGAUUCAAGACUCUAAGCAGUUGUGUGCAUUUCCUGAAAAUCCUCUAUGUUCAGGCAAUAAGGAAGUAGAGGAACACACAGUGGUUGAUGGUUGGCUUGAACAUCUGAAACCCUCCACUUAUGUACCAGUGGAUCAAGUUUGCCUUGGAAAAGAAUCGUCCCUGAUGCUUUUGGAUUUGAUAAGGAAUGCUGAAGCUCCUGACGCAGCUGGGCGAUCUGUACAUGAAUGUUCUGGACUUGAAGAAGAACAAGUUAUUAUACAACAAACUUGCAACAUAGAGAAAGUUGUAUCUGGAGGUCCAGUCAUAAACAGUGUUGUCAAGCAAACCAAAGUAAACCUAUCCAGUCAGUCGGAUAAGAAGGAAAUUGAGAGCAUAAUCGGCAAUCAAGCCAGACUUCCUUCCUUGACCAUCCCAAGAUAUUUGAAUCUUGAACCUUCACUUGCCAUAGAUUGGCUUGAGAUCUCAUGGGAAGAGUUACAUAUCAAAGAGCGUGUUGGAGCUGGCUCAUUUGGUACGGUGCAUCGUGCUGAAUGGCACGGAUCUGAUGUUGCUGUCAAGGUUCUAAUUGUUCAAGAUUUUCAUGAUGAUCAGUUGAGGGAAUUCUUAAGAGAGGUUGCAAUAAUGAAACGUGUUCGUCAUCCAAAUGUUGUUCUCUUCAUGGGUGCCGUUACAAAGCGCCCUCAUCUAUCGAUUGUGACAGAAUAUCUGCCAAGGGGCAGUCUAUACCGCCUCAUACACCGGCCUGCUGCAGGCGAAGUACUGGAUCAAAGGAGGCGUUUACGUAUGGCACUUGAUGUGGCCAAGGGGAUCAAUUAUCUUCACUGUCUUGAUCCUCCAAUUGUUCACUGGGACCUUAAAUCUCCAAAUUUGUUGGUUGAUAAAAACUGGACAGUAAAGGUGUGUGAUUUUGGGUUGUCCAGAUUCAAAGCUAACUCUUUCAUAUCAUCAAAAUCAGUGGCUGGAACACCCGAGUGGAUGGCUCCAGAAUUCCUUCGUGGAGAGCCUUCCAACGAGAAGUCUGAUGUUUACAGUUUUGGAGUCAUCCUAUGGGAGCUUGUGACUAUGCAACAACCUUGGAGUGGACUUUGCCCUGCCCAGGUGGUUGGAGCUGUAGCCUUUCAGAAUAGAAGGCUUUCUAUUCCCCAGAACACACCGCCAGCAUUGGCUUCUCUCAUGGAAUCUUGCUGGGCGGAUGAUCCAGCUCAGCGCCCAUCUUUUGGUAAGAUAGUGGAGUCAUUGAAGAAGUUGUUAAAGUCUCCACUGCAGCCAAGGCAGAUCAGUGGACAAAAGAGUUCUCCCUUCAAAGAUACUUAAUAUAUUCUCACUGUAAAAUACUUUGAGCAUCCAGCUGGCUUCGGAGAUUUAGCUGAUAGAAAUAGAGUCCUGAACCCCUAUAGUUAUGGUGAACUAACAGUACCUUUUUGGUUCCAGGCAACUGUAGAUGUGUUGCUUAUCUAACCCAUUUGGAAGGCAUUAAACUUCGAAACCCGCAGUUCAAAAUGCAGGCCUAGAAGUUCCCUCUGCAUUUGUAUAGGUUUCUAUGGGUAGCCCUUUUCAUUCAAGUUGAUUUGCAUCUCAAAUCCGAGAUGUUUAAGAUUUCGGAAGAUAUUUUGGCAUGUAUUUUCUUCUGUAAGCUGCAAUCAGGGAAUUUCUCCAUGUUCAUACAGCAGCGUGAUGUAAUAAUUCGAUUGAACUCCCAGUAUAUUUAAGCAUCAAUGCAAGUGAUCUACAGAUGCAAUCAUUUUCUUUUAA